CUUAUGUAAAAACCAAACAUAAUUUUGUCCUAUUCCAAAUUAAAACCAAUUACAACUAAAGUGAGCGACAUUCGCGCUACAGCGGGAGCUUUAUGGCACAAAAGUGACUAAUGCGAAAAAUACACAGCUUAAUGUGAAAUGCUAUUUCGUAUAGUGUCAAAUGCGGUAUUAUUCUUUAUGAAGUGCGUUUAAAAGCAUCAUCAGAAGCAUCUACGCAGGCGACGUUGAAGAUGACGUCCGUGAAGAUAACGGCCGUGGGCGACGGCAUCGUCGGCAAGACCUGCAUGCUCAGCACAUACACGACGGGGGAGUUUCCCAGUGAAUACGUGCCCACAGUAUUUGAGCAUUACGGCCAAAAAAUCACUGUCGAUGACGUAGACUACAAUGUCACAUUAUGGGACACUGCAGGUCAAGAAGAUUACGAAAGACUUCGACCAUUAUCUUACCCUCACACAAACUGUUUCCUAGUUUGUUUUUCGGUGGAUAAGAAUUUGGCAUCUUACGACAAUGUUGCAAUAAAAUGGGUGCCAGAGGUACGGCAUUUCAGUCCGAAUGUUCCUAUGAUCUUAGUUGGUAUGUAUAAACAACAAAAACAUAUGCAAAUUUCUAACACACGUAGCUCAUUUGUCUUGGUAGUACUUCGAUAGUAAUUUAUUUUUUAUUAUAUAUGGUUAACUUUGACCACUAGGUUAUCCUUAUGUGACAGUUUAUCCAGUAUUGCUAGAGAACUUUUCUUACUUUCAGCAACAAAAACAGAUUUAAGGGACGACCCUAGCAUAGCAUGUUAUACCCCAGAAGAUGGCAGAAAACUGAAAAGAAAGGUGAAGGCACAAGGCUACAUGGAAUGCUCAGCCCUGAGAUGUCAGGGACUCGACGAAAUCUUCGUGGAGGCCAUUAGGGUUUAUUUAAGAUAUAAGAAUAAAAAGCCCAGGACGAGACAAUGCAUGAUGCUGUAGCGUUUCUAUUUUUGUUAUUUUAAUCAAAUGCAACUUUCUUAUAAAGACCCCUUGUAAAGAAAGCUAUGUUUAACAUCCAAGACAAUGGGAGCGUUCAGCAAACAUAAAGCAUACGCUGAAUAGCAGUAGCCGUGGAAUAGCUUUCACAGUUCGCAACAUUUAGUCAACAUCGCGAAGACUAGAGAUAGGAGGUUAAAUGUCGUCUCUCGCAAAUUUGGUGGGCGUCGAACAUCUGCGAUUUCACUAAGUUUUACCAUGCUUUGUAGGUUUAUCACAUACUUCGUGGUUAAUUAAUAUUAUCCAAUAUUUCUGCUUGCAACUCGUACGAACAGUCAAAAUUGGAGUUGUUUACAGUCAUGAUGACAGCAACAGACAGAGAUGCCACAUGCGCAGAACUAAAAUUCUCUUUCUGCGCAGUGUACACACGAGAGAGGUGCCCUAUGCGCAACACCUCAAUUAAUUUCAUGCGCAGUGUACUAACUUACUUCAUGCUCGACAUUUUUUACUUCAACGGCACUUUAUGAGUUUAACCUCCUCUAUCUAGUCAAAAUCUGACACGCAAGCGAUAACUGGUGUCAAAUUGUGAAAGUUUUCCCAUGAAGGACCAUGACUACUACUAUUCAAGAUAAAAGCGCUCGUCUGCUUUACGUUACCUGAACGCUCCCAUUGAGACCCAAACACUUGUACUUGCUGCCUUUAAUUUAGCAUAAAUCUAUAAGCUCAAAUUGUUAUAUAUAAGUAUUUAUUCCCAAUUUAUAUUUAAACAGGAGUUUUCAAUACUUUUUCGUAAAUACAACAUUAACACCUAGUUUUCCGAAUUGUUCAAAAUGACUGUAGAUUACCACAUAUCAGAUGCACUGUAAGAUAUUACUUUUACGUGUUAAUUAUGUAAAAAUAUAC